UGUAAUAAUGUGUUCUUGUCUACUCCGAUGAAACGCGAAAACAAUCGAGGAGAAAGAUUUGAAAUCCGGAUUAAAAAAGAACAUUCUUUGGUCGGAGGAAAUGAUUACAUCGCCAUGGGCGCCUCCUUGCAACAGCAAAUGUGUUAACAAAUACGCCUCUCUUAUGCAAAUCCCAUGGAGGGUAUUUUGCAAAAAAGGGUGUGACGCUGACGGUGAUACGUGGGACGAAUGUAUAGGAGAAUGUGACGAGAUAUGCUACAAAGACCCUGUCUUGAAGGACCAACAAUGGAGCGCGUAUAUUGAUCGUUCUCCCGGUUCUGCCGCCUAUUCAGAGGAAUGCUUUCGUGCUUGUAUAUCUGGCUGUGGCUACAAGUUUGAUAUUCCGUUGGAGAAAGUGAGUCAAGUUCAUUCAAGACCACCAAAGGAUCCAGUCGAAGAGAAGCCACACGCACCAGUCGGUGAAUCCUCUUCCAAGAUAUCUAAUGUAGUGAAGCCUCCUCCCGGCGAGAUACCUACUACUUCUGCUUAAUCAAAAUUUUUCGUAUUCUUGGCUAGGAUUUUGUGUUUUGUGUUGGACAAGUUAUACAUCAAUUAUUGGGUGGCCUAUUAUCUUUGACGAAAAUCGGACAAGGAAAUGUCACAUGUAAGUUUUAGUUUUAUUACAGAUUCGAUUUCGGAUUAGUUGUCCCAGCAUUGAAACUUGCUGGAGAGCUCUUAUUCAUACAAUGUGAAAAUUGGAAGCUACAAAAAUUAAAUAUUUGUUUUGAGUUCAUUGUA